AUGAGUACCCCAGAGACCAUCGAUAUCACACUCCCCAACUACGGCACUAUCCGAGGAUUAAUUGACACUGACCAUCAAGUCGCCAUCUUCCGCAACGUCCCUUACGCUCAUGUCCCUGAACGUUGGCGCGUUGCCGCCAAACCUCAGCCUUGGACCGGUGUUCGUGAUGCCACUGUACACGGGCCCGUUCCUCCACAGGCACCUUCAAUGUCGCCAAUCGCCAAGAUGGUCCCCGAGAAGUACUUCAAGCUCGGGAACAACCCCAACUACCAGUUUGGCGUCGACCACUCAGAGCAUGAUUGUCUCAAUCUCAACGUCGUUGUGCCCCUUUCAUCACUCAAGGAGGGCGCCAAACCGAUCCCUGUGCUGACUUGGAUCUAUGGUGGAUCCCUCCGUAACGGCCACAACGCCGUCCCUAUCUAUGAUGCGCGCAAUUUCGUCGCCCACAGUAUUAAACUCAAUCAACCCGUCCUCGUCGUCCAACCUAACUACCGUCUCGCCGCAUUCGGAUUUCUCGCCUCCAAGGAACUGCAGGAGGACAUGGACGAGUAUGUCCGUCAGAGCCCCACACCCAUCUCUCUCUAUGACCAAUCCAUCGGCAAUUGGGGGUUACAAGAUCAAAAGUUGGCAUUCGAGUGGGUCCGGGAAAACAUUGCUGCUCUUGGAGGCGACAGCCGAAAUGUUGUUGCUUGGGGCGAAUCGGCUGGAUCCGUCUCGAUUCACUACCACAUGUUGAUCCCUGCGCAUUAUGGUCUCUUUGACCAUGCCAUCCUCCAAUCAGGAACAGUCGGGACUAUGGCUGCAACAACCAUUGAACUGCAUGGACAAACGACAUUCGACAACCUCCUCACCAACCUCGGUAUCCCAUUGGAUCUCUCGGGACCGGAAAAGAUCAAGCGCCUCAGAGCUGUGCCAAUGGACGAGAUCACUAAGGCUGGUGAUACAGCAACCGCUACACUCGGAUUCACGCCUAUCCAUGACGGGGGAAAGCUGCUUCCCUCGACAAUGCCUAUCCAGGCUUGGGCUUCUCUUCCUUCCUCAUACGAUCCCAACCUCAAGUCUGUGUUGAUCGGCACCAACAAAGACGAGGGCUUUUCGUUUGCGAUGGCGUAUGGAGACCGUAACAUGACGACUUGGUCACAACUGCUCAGCAAGUUUGCUCCCUCCCCUCAGCUCUUGCCCCUCUUCGAGUCUGUCUAUGGUGUUCCCAAGUCUGACGAAGAUGUUGUCAAAAUCGCGGCCGACUACGUAGGAGACCUCAUCUUCCAGCACCCUAACGAGCAAGUCAUGGAUACACUUGUGCAAUUGAGCAAGGAGCGAGAGAGCAAGUUCAAGCUGGAGCGGUAUCACUAUGAUGUCGAGACUGCCAAGAUCAGCGCGUUGUUCCCAGGAUGCGGGUCCAUUCACGGAGCAGAGCUGCUGUUUGUGUUCAACCCACCCAUGUCUGUGGCUUUGUUGUCAGAGACGGAACUGACAGUGGCUGAGGAGAUGCAGAAACGGUGGAUUGCCUUUGCGAACCAAGGCACAGUGUAUGCGGACGGCGAGAAUGUUGCUCAUGUCGAAAAGGAUGAGGCUGUGAUUUGGAGGAAGGAUUACAAAGUGGAAGUUGGAAAGGGACGACGUUUGAGCGAUCAGGCAUUGGUGUUCUGGGAGACUGUCACUAAGUCCAAGCUUCGCCAGAUUCAGCAGAGCCUUGACGCCACCGCAAGGAAGUAA